CUCAAACAAAUUCAAAUGUUCUCAUAAUCCUCCAACUGAGGAACAGAAAGACAGCAAGGAACAGAGAGAAACAUUUCUCAGUUCUGUUGUUUGUAUGUGAGAGAGAGAGAGAGAGAGAGAGAGAGAGAUACUUAUCCAAAAAAGUAUGUGAGAUAGAUAGAUAGAGAGAGAGAAGCCGUUCCAUAUCUGAAUUUGAGCUGCACCAGCUCUAAAAUUCAUAAAUAUAACCCUAUUUGGCAUGAAACUUAGAGAAAACCUACUGUGAUCUUUUAGGUUUCGCCGAAUACUGUAGAAUAGAUUGGCCCAAAUGGAGAGUAGCGAUGUGUACAGAGUCAACAGUGCACGUCUGAGCAGUUCUAACAUAUGGAGGAACAGUGGCAUGGAAGUUUUCUCAAGGUCUUCUCGAGAUGAAGACGAUGAAGAAGCACUUAAAUGGGCUGCUAUAGAGAAACUUCCAACAUAUCUACGUAUAAGGAGGGGCAUACUUGCUGAAGAAGAGGGAAAAGCAAGAGAAAUUGACAUAACAAGUCUUGGGUUGAUUGAGAAAAAGAAUUUGUUAGAGAGGCUUGUGAAAAUAGCAGAGGAAGAUAAUGAGAAGUUCUUGUUAAAACUCAAGGAGCGCAUUGAUCGAGUUGGACUUGAUAUUCCAACCAUUGAAGUUCGGUUUGAGCAUAUAACAGUGGAUGCAGAAGCAUAUAUAGGAGGCAGAGCACUACCUACAAUAAUCAAUUUCUCUGCUAAUAUGUUAGAGGGGUUCUUGAAUUAUCUUCACAUUCUUCCAAGUAGAAAAAAACCACUACCAAUCCUCCAUGAUGUUAGUGGAAUCAUCAAGCCUGGCAGGAUGACAUUACUCUUAGGCCCGCCAAGUUCUGGAAAGACUACAUUAUUAUUGACAUUGGCAGGAAAACUUGGCUCAGAUCUGAAACUUUCAGGGAGAGUUUCCUACAAUGGCCAUGGGAUGGAUGAGUUUGUUCCACAGAGGAGUUCAGCUUACAUAAGUCAAUAUGAUCUCCAUAUUGGAGAAAUGACUGUCAGAGAAACAUUAGCUUUCUCAGCAAGAUGUCAAGGUGUUGGAACCGGUUAUGAUAUGUUAGCAGAAUUAUCAAGAAGAGAGAAGGUGGCAAACAUUAAGCCUGAUCCAGAUAUUGAUAUUUAUAUGAAGGCAGCAGCACUAAAAGGGCAGGGGGGCAGUGUAAUUACAGACUAUAUUCUCAAGAUCUUGGGACUUGAAGUCUGUGCUGAUACUAUAGUAGGGGAUGAAAUGGUACGAGGCAUCUCUGGCGGGCAAAAAAGGCGACUCACAACAGGAGAGAUGCUGGUUGGACCGGCUAAAGCACUUUUCAUGGAUGAGAUAUCAACUGGUUUGGACAGUUCAACUACUUUUCAGAUUGUAAAUUCAAUCAGGCAGUCCAUCCACAUCCUCAAGGGAACUGCUAUUAUCUCCCUCCUCCAGCCAGCACCAGAAACCUAUAACCUAUUCGAUGAUAUAAUUCUCCUUUCUGAUGGGCAAAUUGUGUAUCAAGGUCCCCGUGAAAAUGUGCUAGAGUUCUUUGAACACAUGGGUUUCAAAUGUCCCGAGAGAAAAGGAGUGGCUGACUUCUUACAAGAAGUGACAUCAAAGAAGGAUCAAGAGCAGUAUUGGGCUCAUAGAGAUGAACCUUAUAGUUUUGUUACCGUCACAGAAUUUUCUGAAGCAUUUCAAUCGUUUCAUGUUGGUCGGAGGCUAGGUGAUGAACUUGCUAUUCCGUUUGACAAGGCCAAGGCCCACACCGCUGCUUUAACGACUAAGAAGUAUGGUGUUAGCAAGAAGGAACUAUUGAAAGCUUGCAUAUCAAGAGAACUCUUGCUUAUGAAAAGGAACUCAUUUGUUUACAUUUUCAAAAUGUGCCAACUUAUUCUUCUCGCUUUUAUAAUGAUGACAUUAUUUCUAAGAACCGAGAUGCCACGGAAAACGAUAGCAGAUGGCUGGAUGUUUUUGGGUUCUAUGUUCUUCACGUUGAUGAUGAUCAUGUUUAAUGGAUUUUCAGAGCUUGCCCUGACAAUCAUGAAACUUCCAGUCUUUUACAAACAAAGGGACCUACUUUUCUAUCCUUCAUGGGCAUUCUCUCUACCCACAUGGAUUCUCAAGAUCCCAAUCACACUUGUAGAAGUGGCCAUUUGGGUGUUCAUGACUUAUUAUGUUGUUGGCUUUGAUCCAAACAUUGAAAGGUUUUUCAGACAGUACUUGUUACUCCUAUGUAUUAACCAGAUGGCAUCAGGACUUCUUCGACUCAUGGCAGCACUAGGAAGGAACAUCAUAGUCGCAAAUACAUUUGGCUCAUUUGCGUUACUUGCAGUUUUAGUUAUGGGAGGAUUCGUCUUAUCAAAAGAUGAUGUAAAGCCGUGGUGGAUGUGGGGUUAUUGGAUUUCACCUAUGAUGUACGGGCAGAAUGCCAUAGCUGUGAACGAAUUCCUUGGGAAGAGUUGGAGACAUGUUCCUGAAAAUGCAACAGACCCGUUAGGUGUUUUAGUCUUGAAAUCUCGAGGAAUUUUCCCAGAGGCACGUUGGUAUUGGCUGGGAGUAGGAGCUUUGAUCGGAUAUGUUCUCCUAUUCAAUUUCCUAUUCACUGUGGCCCUAGCUUAUCUCAAUCCAUAUGGGAAGCAUCAGACAGUUCUAUCUGAAGAGACCCUAACUGAGCAAUCAUCAAGAGGAACAAGCUCUACUGGAGGAAACAAAAUUCGAAGUGGAUCAUCCAGAUCAUUGUCUGCAAGAGUGGGGUCCUUUAACAAUGCUGAUCAAAACAGGAAGAGGGGAAUGAUUCUUCCUUUUGAACCUCUUUCCAUUACUUUUGAUGAAAUCCGAUAUGCAGUAGAUAUGCCACAGGAAAUGAAAGCACAAGGCAUACCUGAGAACCGACUAGAACUUUUGAAAGGCGUGAGCGGUUCUUUUAGGCCAGGAGUCCUUACGGCUUUAAUGGGUGUUAGUGGUGCUGGAAAAACCACUCUAAUGGAUGUAUUGGCUGGCCGGAAAACUGGUGGAUAUAUUGAUGGAAGCAUCAAGAUAUCUGGUUACCCAAAGAAUCAAAAGACAUUUGCUCGCAUAUCAGGAUAUUGCGAGCAAACUGAUAUCCACUCUCCUCAUGUUACAGUCUAUGAGUCCUUGCUUUAUUCUGCAUGGCUUCGGUUACCUCCUGAAGUUGAUUCUGCAACCAGAAAGAUGUUCAUUGAAGAGGUAAUGGAGCUUGUGGAACUGAAUUCAUUGAGGCAAGCACUAGUUGGAUUGCCAGGUGUGGAUGGUCUCUCAACCGAGCAGCGCAAGAGGCUGACCGUUGCAGUCGAGCUUGUAGCAAACCCAUCUAUAAUAUUCAUGGAUGAACCAACCUCUGGGCUUGAUGCCAGGGCAGCAGCAAUAGUGAUGAGAACAGUGAGGAACACAGUGGACACAGGACGAACUGUGGUGUGCACUAUCCACCAGCCAAGCAUUGAUAUAUUUGAUGCUUUUGAUGAGCUAUUUCUUUUGAAACGAGGAGGAGAAGAAAUAUAUGCAGGCCCAUUAGGCCACCAUUCUGCACAUCUGAUUAAGUACUUUGAGGGAAUUGAUGGAGUCAGUAAGAUAAAAGAUGGUUACAAUCCAGCAACUUGGAUGUUGGAAGUGACUUCAGCAGCACAAGAAGCAGUUCUAGGCAUUAACUUCACCGAUGUGUACAAGAACUCUGAACUAUAUAGGAGAAACAAAGCAUUGAUCAAGGAACUCAGUACACCUCCUCCGGGUUCAAAAGAUCUUUACUUCCCUACUCAAUAUUCACAAUCUUUCUUCGCACAAUGUAAGACUUGCUUAUGGAAGCAACAUUGGUCAUAUUGGCGAAACCCAUCAUACACAGCAGUGAGACUAUUAUUCACAACUUUCAUAGCUUUAAUGUUUGGCACGAUAUUCUGGGAUCUUGGCUCUAGAAGGCAAAGGAAACAGGAUCUCUUCAAUGCAAUGGGUUCCAUGUAUUGUGCUGUUCUCUUUAUUGGGGCACAAAAUGCCACAUCGGUGCAGCCUGUUGUGGCCAUUGAGAGAACAGUCUUUUACAGAGAAAAAGCUGCUGGAAUGUAUUCAGCUUUGCCAUAUGCCUUUGGACAGGUCAUGAUUGAGCUCCCAUACAUACUCAUUCAGACAAUCAUCUAUGGAGUUAUAGUGUAUGCCAUGAUUGGUUUUGACUGGACCAUGACCAAGUUCUUUUGGUAUAUCUUUUUCAUGUACUUCACCUUCUUAUACUUCACUUUCUACGGAAUGAUGGCCGUGGCUGUCUCUCCAAACCACAACAUUGCUGCCAUAAUUUCCUCUGCCUUCUAUGCAAUAUGGAACCUUUUCUCAGGAUUUAUUGUUCCACGAACAAGAAUUCCUGUGUGGUGGAGAUGGUACUAUUGGUGUUGCCCCAUCUCUUGGACUUUGUAUGGAUUGAUUGGUUCACAAUUUGGCGACAUGAAGGACAAACUAGAUACAGGUGAAACAAUAGAAGACUUCGUAAGGAGUUACUUUGGGUUUAGAAAUGACUUUCUGGGAAUUGUUGCAGCUGUUAUAGUAGGGAUACCUGUGCUAUUUGGAUUCACCUUUGCCUAUUCAAUAAAGGCAUUUAACUUCCAAAAAAGAUAAGUUGCCUAUAGAGGAAUACAAAUGAAUUAGAACAAGGUUUAAUCAUUGUUCUUUUCCUUUUGAAUCUACAGCCACUAGAUAAAUAAAAAAAUUACCAUCAACAUAUGAUUUACAUUAUAGAGUUUGCUUGAUUUUUUUUUUUUUUUUUUUCCCUAUAAUGAGACUGUUUUUGUCAAAGAACUCUACAAGUCCAUGUAAUUAAUCCCCUUGGCAUGUAUUGAAUGUGAUCAGAAAACCUUUAUAUAUGUGUGUAUGUGUAGAGAGAGAGAGAGAGAGAGAGAGAGAGAGAGAGAGAGAGAGAGUCACUAUAAUAAUGAAGGGAUUCAGAAGAAGCAAAACCUUGAUCGAGGAAUUCAAGGGCAUCUCCCCACAAAAAAUGUAUAAUUCCCACUUAAUACUUUGGGAUUGAGGACAAAGCCUUUAGAAUACUACCUCAGUCAGGAUCUCAUGAACAUCAUUCUUAUGUAAUAAUGUUUAGAACAGUAUUUCUGAGACCUUAACUCCAAAAGGCAGUCUUCUGAGGCCUAAGAGUUGACAAUGGCUCAUAGGAUUUAUGAAAUUCCCAACAGGGUUAAUUCUCAGUUCCCAAUUUGUUUAA